CACGUGAUAUACUUGAUAUUGGAUUCAUUGCUGGAUUUCGCUACAUAACCAUUACAUACAAAAUUGAUACAAAAUGGCGUUCAAUUUUGCCGCUUCCUCAUACAUCGUAGCGUUAAUUGGCGAUGCGUUUUUAGUAUUUUUCGCGAUAUUUCACGUAAUCACAUUCGAUGAGUUAAAGACUGGGUACAAAAAUCCAAUCGAUCAGUGUAAUAAUUUAAAUCCGUUGGUUCUGCCGGAGUAUUUAUUGCACAUGGUAAUUAAUGUUUUGUUUCUACUGAGCGAACAAUACUUUUCACUAUUCAUCAACAUUCCCUUGAUGGCCUAUCAUGUUUGGCGAUAUAUAAAUAGACCUGUGAUGUCGGAGUGCGGUUUGUAUGAUCCUACCAGCAUUAUGAACGCUUAUGAUUUAUCUGUGUACCAAAGAGAAGGAUGGGUUAAGCUAGCGUUCUAUCUUCUUUCCUUUUUCUAUUAUUUGUAUGGGAUGAUCAGCACAUUAAUCAAUUGAAACGAGUGAUUAUUGAAAUCAAUAAGGGUUUUCCAUUUUCUGUAUACAUUUAUGUGGUUCAAUGCCAAACAGUGAGUUGUUUAUUGGAAGUACAAGCGGCAUUUAAUUAACUUAUCUUAAUGAAGGUUUUGUAAUGAUAUAUAGCAUGGAAGAAAAGUCCCUCAGAUGUAUUUCAGUAAAUUUUAUAAGUCAUAUUCAUAAUCUAAAUACUUUUCCGAGAAUGCAUAUAUUUAGUCAAGUAUUAUUUACAGAAAUACGAACCAUAUAGUCAAGAGAUAUUUUGUGAGUUUAAAUAUUAUUUGUGCUUUGUGUCAGAUUUAAAGGAAGAUGAACUGAAUGAACAAAUAAUUUUUGCUCAUAUUUUGAUAAAAGUGAUACACGUUUGAGUUGAAUAUGAAACAAUACAUUAGAUUUAAUAGCUUUUGACAUUUUUAUACAUAAAACAUUUUUAUUUUAUGUACAAAAUUAAAAUAGGCAUUAGAGUAUAUUUCGGCUAACAUUUUGUAUAUCCCAUAAUUCGGAAGUAUAUGUUGUACGAUUAAAUGAAAAAUACAGUUGUUAAUAAAAGAAAAUAAGUAAU